UCCAGCGCGGCGCGGCCAUGGGCAGCCGGGGCUGCGCGCUGCUGCUGCUGGGCGCCGCUCUGUCGCUGCUGGGCUCGGCCGCCGUCAGUCCCGAGCGGAGCCUGGCGUGGGGCCCCGGGCUGGAAGCGGGGCUCGCACUGCCCGUGCGCUACUUCUACAUCCAGGCGGUCAGCGCGACCGGACGCAACUUCACCCGCUCUCCCCCAGGAAGAACACAAUUUAAAGUGGUAAUUAAUGCACUUUCUCCAAAAGAGCUCACCAGAAUUUACACUCCUCACCCUCUGGAUAGAAAUGAUGGCACAUUUCUUAUGCGGUAUCGGAUGUAUGGGAGUGUCAGAAAAGGGCUAAAGAUUGAGAUACUUUAUGGUGAUAAGCAUGUAGCUCAAUCUCCUUACAUUUUAAAAGGACCUGUUUAUCAUGAAUAUUGUGACUGCCCUGAAGAAGACCCUGAGAUCUGGCAGAAUGUUUUCUCUUGCCCAUCCCAAGAGCCUCAGAUUACAAAGGACUUCAUUUCCUUUCCCACCAUUGACCUGCAGCGAAUGUUUAAAGAAAUCCCAUCAAAGUUCAGUCAAACAAGAGGUGCUAUUGUUCAUUACACUAUUCUCAAUAAUCGCAUCUACCGUCGUUCCUUAGGGAAAUACACAGACUUCAAAAUGUUCUCUGAUGAAAUGUUACUGUCACUGGCAAGAAAGGUUCAUCUCCCCAAUGUGGAGUUUUAUCUUAAUGUUGGAGAUUGGCCAGUUGAGUACCGAAAAGCCAAUGAUACACCUGGGCCUAUUCCCAUCAUCUCAUGGUGUGGCUCUGUGGAUUCGAGAGACAUCAUCCUUCCAACAUAUGACAUAACCCAUUCAACUCUUGAAACCCUGCGUGGUGUCACAAAUGAUCUCCUUUCUAUUCAAGGAAAUACAGGCCCAUUCUGGGACAACAAAACUGAACAAGCUUUAUUUAGAGGCCGAGACAGCCGAGAAGAACGUCUCUAUCUUGUCAAGUUAUCCAAGGAAAAUCCGGAACUACUGGAUGCUGGAAUAACAGGGUAUUUCUUCUUCAGAGAAAAAGAAAAGGAGUUGGGAAAGGUUCCGCUGAUGGGCUUCUUUGAUUUCUUCAAGUACAAAUACCAGGUGAAUGUUGAUGGGACUGUAGCAGCUUACAGGUUUCCAUACCUCUUGCUGGGUGACAGCCUAGUACUGAAGCAAGAUUCCCAAUACUAUGAACAUUUUUAUACUGUAUUGAAACCAUGGAAACAUUAUGUUCCAGUUAAGAGAAGCUUGGAGGACUUGCUAGAGAAAAUAAAAUGGGCUAAGGAAAAUGAUGAAGAAGCACAAAAAAUUGCUAAAGAAGGACAGUCAGUGGCAAGAGAAUUACUUCAGCCUCACAGACUUUACUGCUACUACUACAAAGUGCUCCAGAAAUAUGCCGAACGCCAAGCCAGCGAACCUGAAAUACGGGAUGGAAUGGAACUUGUACCUCAGCCUGAUGACAGAGACUCAGUAUGCAGCUGCCACAGGAAAAAGCCUUUAAGGGAAGAUCUAUAACUGUACCGGAUGGAGAAAAUCACCCACUUACAAUGCAAGAAUUUAAAUAGGAUUUAAGCUGUGAAAUCUAAGACACUUACGCACUAGCAGACAGUCUUAGUUAUGUAUUCUUAUUGUAUUUACAUAUCCUUUUUCACACUGACUCUGGUCUGCAGCAUUGGUUCCCACAGUUCUGUCUCCAUGACCACCACCAGGCAGAUACUGAGCCUGUAAUGGGGAGCAUUCAGGGGACUUGGUUUAUGCAUUGCAUCAUCACGAAAGAAGAGUGGAGUGCUGCUCAUGAUCCAGAUGGGACCCAGAUACCAAAGUUUUAUGAGGAACCAGUCAUCCAAAAGAGAUCUCCCAUGAGUCAGGACAAGUUAAUCUAAAGGAGCAUUUGCAACAUUCUAAA